CGACGUGUCAUUCUGUCACAAGAUAAACAAUAUGGCGCUGUCCUUUUUUCAAUAUUCCAAACAUCAUCAGUAAUAUCUACAUUUUAAUGGUGACAUGGCUAACCUGUGAUCAAAUUGACCUGUAUCUUGAUAGCGGGCUCGCCAACAGCCAGUCUGGUGGAUCAUCUUCAUCAUGGCGUCUUCCUUUGUCGUCGGAGAUCAUUUCAGAAACAAGGUGACGCAGUUACUGGAAAGAGGGGACACAUCUCUGCCACAAGCUCUGAGAGAAAACCUAGAGGAGCUUCUGAAAAGAUCACAGCCAACCACGCUGACCUUCAGCACCGCCAGAAAAUUGAAGAAACACCUGGAGGAAAAUGGAAAUCCUUUCUAUCUGCACGAGUUCCUGGAGGACAGCUCCCUUUACCUGCCCGAGGUCGUCAGGCCUCCCCGGAAUCCUGAGCUGGUCGCUCGCCUGGAGAGGAUCAAAGCAAAGCUAGCAAAUAAAGAAUACGACAGGAUGACGCACAACGUGAACGCUCAGGAAAUUAGCAGAAAUGGAGCAUUUGCAGAUUUUGGAAGAGAAGUGCGAUCAGUCAAAGCAGUGAUGGUGACUGUUUUCAACUUCCUGGUGACUGUAGUUGCUGCCUUCGCCUGUUCCUACAUGGGGAGUCAGUAUUUGUUCACAGAAACAGCAGCGCGCGUCAUUUCAGCUGUGAUUGCUGCUUCUGUCGUCGGGCUCGCGGAGCUUUAUGUUCUGGUGCGGACCAUGGAAGGAGAACUCGGGGAACCAUAACUUUCCAGAAAACAUUUCUAUUGUUUUUGUUAUCCCUGUCUGAUGAACUGAUGGACUCAUUUUACCUUAAUAAGAACAAAGUUUAUUUACAUAAUCAGUGGAUGCAUUUGUUUCUUUUUCUUUUUAUUUAACUGUCAGAUAUUCUCUUAAGGUUAAUAAACAAAUACACUGUUUCAAUAAAGAGUUUGUUCCUUAA